CACAGGUUGCCAAUACAGAGCGGCAUCUCGCACGGAAGGAGAAGCCUUUUCUACACACCAAAACUAAAGUUGCUUUUUUUUAUUUUUAGCCACGGCGUCCCCACGCAUCGUAUUGACUAGCUACGUAUAAUAUUUGAAAGUGAGUCCUCUAGGUACGGUUGAUAACCACAGGAGAAGAUCUUGUGGCAGCUCGAACUAUUGACGUACCGGCAAAAAUCGGUUUCCUUUUUGAAACUCUUUUGAAAAGGAGCGAGGUACUUAUGUCUGGCGCUGGCCAUAAUACCUUGUUUGUGUUGAUCUCAGUACUGCUCCCCAUAGGUGUCUCUCUUUUCUCCCUAUCAGUUUUGUCAUAUUAUUCCGCGGUACGUUUGAUCCGAACCGACAAAGAGGAGGAGGAUUCGUCUUACAACGUCGAACCGCGUCGACCCAGGAUGACGGCGAUUCUUUUUGGAGAGCCGGACGCAGCUUCGGCUGCGUUUCCUCCGUCUCCCGCGUCGAACAAUGAUUUUCGCCACAUGGAUGGAGAAGGCGAAGUUCAAGAGUUCAAGCGCAGCACGAGCAAAUCGCAAGAAGGGAAGGAACGCUACAAGCGCGUGUUUGUAUUACAUUCGUACACAGUGAUGUAUCACGCCACCUCCACCGAGAGCGCUGCUGCGAUCGAGAGAGAUCCGAAGCGCCGACUACUGCGUGGAAAGACCGGGUUUUCACUAUUCUGUUUCUGACAAAAUACCGUGUGGAAUUACUGAUUUGAUUACUGCUUCUACGCGUCUAGAAUUGGCGACUUCUUGUCAUGCUAGUCUGCGUUCAAGGUGCUUGUCAGAACCGUUCGUAGAAACGGAUAGACCAGCUUUCGCUUUGCUUUUUACUACAGGAUCGCGGGUGGAGGGAUUUACUUUGCGCAGAGCAAAGCGGAGGCCAUCCACAAGACUCGGGUGGUCAAACCGGGUGAGAAAGGCGCGGUGUACCGCUGCAAGGUGUGGCUGGGAAAGACGAAAAGUAUCAGCGUGAAAGACGACUCGCUGCGAUUCCGUAAACUCCGCAAAGAGGGCUAUGACAGCGUGAUGAGCACGAUGUGUCCAAACCCGGAAUGGGCCGUUUACAACGCAGAUCAGGUGGAAGUUCUUGAUCGGGAAGAUGUUAUGAAGACUCAUUAG